AUGUAUAGCCGAGACUCCAACAUCAUGCGCAAGCUGCUGGGUAGGACAGCGCCCGACACAUCUGCCGUCGACGCCUCCCACUCCGCCGCCUCGAUCCCGCCCCCCGUUGCAUACCGACCGCAGAGGGCUCAGGAUGCCGUGUAUGCCGCCGGGGUGCCCAUCUCACAGCUUGAUGUAUCGCCGGACCGGAGGAGCGUGGCCCUGGGUGGCCCGCAUGUGCUCAAGACGAUCGUCAUGGAUCACCACGACGAUCCUGAGGGUGACGGGCCAGGCGGAGGCGGCGGCUCCCGGACCUUCGCACCCAUCGAAGGUGUCGACAUCCGCGCCUCCAUCAUGAUGCAGCCGUCCGUUGGGCCCAAGGCGAACUCGGUGGCCGACCAGCUCAACAUCCGCGACGUGAAAUGGCACGGGAACAGCACGGUCUUCACGGCCUGUGCCAGCGGUCGCAUAUUUGCCUACGACAUCGCCCGUCUGGGGACCGGCAGCACCGACGGCGGCUACGAGAAUGUACACAUACAGGAGGAUUCCAGGCAGGUCAACACGCUCGACGUGAACCCCCAUCUGCAGAGCUGGCUGCUGUCGGGCGGCCAGGACGGCUUCGCGCGCAUCUUCGACACGGCCAACCCGGUCCACACACGCCAGGGCUUCGUCACGUUCCGUCAGCGCUUCGCAGGCCUGCGAUGCAUCGACCCCAUACGCCACGUCAAGUGGUCUCCGCGCGUCGGCCACGAGAUGGCAGCCUGCACGGAUGGCGGCGUCGUGCUCAAGUGGGAUGUCCGGCAACCCUCCAAGCCGCUUCUCCGCAUCAACGCCCACGAGAAGGCGUGCACCGGUAUUGCCUGGCACCCGGAUGGCGUACAUCUGGUCAGUGCCGGCUUCGACUCCAGGCUGCACGUCUGGGACAUGGGCAGCUCGGCCGACCGCCGCCAGAAACCAAAGUGGACCGUCAACACGCCCGCGCCCGUCGCCGCCGUCUCCUGGAGACCCAGCAUGUGGUCGGCCACGGCCCAGGCUAGGCGUGUCGCACAGGUGGCUGCCAGCUACGACGAUAGCAGUACCCGACGCUAUGGGACGUCGGCCGUGCACAUCUGGGAUCUGGCCCGCCCGACUAUGCCCUACAAGGAGAUCGAGCGCUUCGACAGCUCGCCCAGCGCCCUCUCGUGGCAGGAUCAAGAUAUCCUCUGGACCGUCGGUCAGGAUGGCAUGUUCAACCAGUGUGAUGUGGCGUAUGCACCACGUGCGGUCGACCGCCAACCCACCUCUGCUCUCGACUUCUCCUCUCGCGGCGACGUUGUCAUGUUCCUCGACGAGAGACCGCAGCAGCCGAGGCUUCAGCCGUCCUCGACGGCCGCCAUGACAAAGGCAUCAUCAUUCGCCUCCGAUUCCCACACUCCCAUGCUCAGUCUCAGCCGGAGCGACUCGGAGGAAGAUGUCGUCGGCAGCUUCCUCGCACCACGCAGGAGGAUGCACCGCAAGAGCCGGCCUAGCGGCAGGGCGUCUGCAACGCCGCCGUCCUCUUCUAGCGUCGCCAGAGGCAAGAACACGCUAAACCUAGAGCAGUCCAUAAAGGCAACGGGCACCUUCAAACCCCAGCAGGCCAUGGCGUCUGGCCACAUUCCAGCUGCCAGUUCGGUUGCCGUCUACCAGUACCUAUCGAGUGUCUACCUCGAGACUCUACAGCGGGAGCUUCCCAGGGAUCCAUCGGGUCUCAACGGCUCUCUGCUUGAUCGUAUCGUCUACAUCAUGGAGCAGUACGCGAGAGCCGCCGAAGGAGCAAGCCUUUUCAGGCUGGCACAAACAUGGCGUAUUUUGAGCUUCACCAUGACGCUCCUCCUCAAACGACGUGCACAGUAUCACCUGGAGACCCGCCUGUCUCGAUAUCAGCGCAUCAAGCAUGACACAGGGCGGACCCCCAGAAAAGAAAGCUACGGGGCCGCUACACAAGACAACUCGACAAGGCUGAACAGGAGUCAUGGUCCUGACCGAUUGUCUGCGGCAGCAUCCGACUUGGACAGCACAUCCAACGUUGCCACGCCCCUUGCUCGGCCGGUCGAUAGCUCUACAGCGGCAUACCGGGCUACAUCAGGCAAGAUGCUGACGCCCAUUGCCGAACCCGAGUCCUUCAGUUUGGGACCCAACGUGCAGGAGCCAUUCUCGUCCAACGGCGAAAGGUCGAGACCUCGCCAAUGGCUAAACUUCAACGCCAUCUCCCUCGCCAGCGAAGACAGCGACAGGUCCAAGCUGUCCAUCACGGAAGGAUACGAUUUCUACGACAUGGAGGCUCUAUCGUACGCCGUCGGUCUUCCGAUAGGCCCAGGCGAAGGCGGGGGUAGGGUGCAGAGGCACGAUUCGACCGACAGCUACGGACAGGUGUUUUCUAUAUCCGAAGGAUCGCGGGUGGCGGGAAGCCCCAAACGACACCCCAGUCUCCAGCAGAGCAACACCGUGGGUAGCGACGGGAGUGACUACCACAGCCGUAUCCGCGGAGAAGAACUGGCCGAGCCGCGCCGCAACAGCAAAGCACACGCCGUGUCUGACUCACCCGAUGACGUCUUCAUGAUAUCGCAGGCCACCAUGCGAUCGGGCGACUACGCAUCAUACCCUUCGCAACCGUCAUACCCUUCCCAAGACUCGGAGAGCCAGCUAAACCAGUCAGCAGCAGUCGGCACGACUACCAAACCGCCCCCCACCAUACCACCACGCCACCCGCAUCAGAAGAGCCCCCAGAUGCCCCCCGAAUACUGCGAACCGUCGUCCACCUUGAUCGAUUCGGAUUACCUCCCGUGGCCCGACGACCCAGAAUACCCGCACCCGCUAACGACGUCCGGCUUCAAGGCGUCUUCGAUUCCGCCGCUCGACCCGUACAGGCUGCUCGCGCGGACUCUAGAGUUCGAAUCGCGCACGUCUGCCCUCAACGCGUCAGCCAUGGUUCUACUGCUCCGCCCGCUCGUCGCCGAGUCCGUCAUCGACACCUUCCAGGCCACGGCCAUCCUGCGUCAGCAGCACUCGCGCCUCUCACGCAUGGGCCUCUUCACCGAGGCCGCGCUGAUGCGCAAGCUGUGCGUGCGCGGAUGGCCAGCAGGUCUCCCCUCGUGGGGCGACAACUACCCCGUCAUCUUUGCCGCCGCACAGCGUGACGUGCGCGUCUCGCUGGCGUGCUCAUCGUGCCACCGCCCGCGGGAGGUUGACCCUUCCGACCCGGCCGCGUCGGUGUGGGUAUGCGAGCGGUGCCGAGCCGUCAUGGCUCCCUGCGCCGUGUGUGGCCACCGCGACGCACAAGAAUCCUCGUUUGACCCGAUCGACAGCUCGUCCUCCUCCGAGAUUGACAAGGGCGGACCCCCCCUCCUCUCGGGGUGGUGGUACUGCCCCGGCUGCACGCACGGGGGCCACGCAUCCUGUCUAGAGACGUGGCAUGCGUCCGACGCCACGUCCGACACCCCCGCCAAGUUCAGCGAAGGCUGCUGUCCGUCCGACGGGUGCGGCCACGCCUGUCUGCCCGGGAAAUAUCGCGGUGAGACGACGACGGCGCGGUCUGAGGACCUGGCCCGUGCCGCAAGCGACAGGUUCUCGACCACACGGUCGGGGAGCGGCGCCGCCAGCCCGCGACCGGGAAGCAGCAUCGUGAGCUCCGACGGUUUCGAAGUGCCGCAGAGCAGGGCCGUCGGCGUCGCCAGGGAAGCCCUCAACAACAGCGCCAACAGCAUCAACAAUAGCGGUGCAGGCGGCAGUUCAAGCAGCGCAGGUAUCCUGAGUACCAGUCCUGGCAGGCCGGGGCCAGGAAUGGGCGAACGUGAGAGGAGGAAGAGCGUCAAAUUUGCUAGACCGGAUCGGUGA